UCCUCGCCUCCGCCGCCCCGGCGGCUCCGCGCAGCGCCCGCGCAGCGGGUCGGCAUCUUCAUGGGCUGCCACCAUGCUUGGGCCCUGGAGGUUUCGGGCGAAGCUAGUUUUGCAGAACAUUGGGAAUAAGCGCUAUGUCAGAUAUGGAUGAGACUCCGAAGAUGACCUGCAUGUUUUACAUUUUUCACAAAUUUUGGGAAAUAAAAUGUAUGCUUGCUGCUCUACAGUAACUUUGGAACAGGACCUCAACAAAAAAAUGCAUAUCUGGAUGCUGCAGACGAUCGCAUUUGCUUUAACAUCUCUAGUCCUUUCCUGGGCAGAAAGCAUCGAGUAUUAUGGGGAAAUCUGUGAUAAUGCAUGUCCUUGUGAGGAGAAGGACAGCAUCUUAACAGUGAGCUGUGAAAACAGAGGGAUCAUCAGCCUUUUUGAGAUCAGUCCGCCAAAGUUCCCUGUUUACCACCUCUUGUUGUCUGGGAACCUUUUGAACAGGCUGUAUCCAAACCAGUUUGUCAAUUACACAGGGGCUUCGAUUUUACAUCUGGGCAGCAAUGACAUACAAGACAUCGAAACUGGGGCCUUCCAUGGUCUGAGAGGUUUAAGGAGGCUGCACUUGAACAAUAACAAGUUGGAACUUUUACGGGAUGACACUUUCCUUGGGCUAGAGAGUUUGGAAUACCUACAGGUCGAUUAUAAUUAUAUUAGCGUCAUUGAACCCAAUGCCUUCAGCAAACUGCAUCUGUUGCAGGUGCUGAUUCUCAAUGAUAACCUCCUCUCCAGUUUGCCCAACAACCUUUUCCGUUUUGUGCCCUUAACUCACCUGGACCUGAGGGGUAAUCGGCUGAAGCUGUUGCCCUAUGUGGGCCUCCUGCAGCACAUGGAUAAAGUUGUGGAGCUGCAGCUGGAGGAAAACCCCUGGAAUUGCUCUUGUGAGUUGAUUGCUCUAAAGGAUUGGCUGGACAGUAUCUCAUACUCCGCGCUGGUGGGAGAUGUGGUUUGCGAGACCCCUUUCCGCUUACAUGGUCGAGACUUGGAUGAAGUCUCUAAGCAGGAGCUUUGCCCCAGGAGGCUCAUCUCUGAUUAUGAAAUGAGACCUCAGACACCAUUGAGCACUACAGGGUAUUUCCACACUACCCCGGCCUCAGUCAACUCUGUGGCCACUUCUUCUUCAGCUGUUUACAAAUCUCCCUUGAAGCCCCCCAAAGGGACCCGCCAACCCAACAAGACAAGGGUGCGCCCCACCUCUCGCCUGCCCUCAAAAGACCUGGGAUACAGCAACUAUGGCCCCAGCAUUGCCUACCAGACCAAAUCCCCGGUGCCUUUGGAGUGCCCCACUGCCUGCACUUGCAACCUGCAGAUUUCUGACCUGGGCCUCAAUGUCAAUUGUCAGGAGAGGAAGAUUGAGAGCAUUUCUGAACUGCAGCCCAAACCCUAUAAUCCCAAGAAGAUGUAUUUGACGGAAAACUACAUUGCGCUGGUACGCAGGGCAGAUUUUGUGGAUGCCACUGGGCUGGAUUUGCUGCAUCUGGGCAAUAAUCGGAUCUCGGUCAUUCAGGACCGGGCUUUUGGGGAUUUAACUAAUUUGCGAAGGCUGUACCUGAAUGGGAACCGGAUCGAGCGGCUGAGCCCAGAGCUGUUCUAUGGGCUGCAAAGCCUGCAGUACCUCUUCCUGCAGUACAACGUCAUUCGGGAGAUAGAGGCAGGCACCUUUGAAUCUGUCCCCAACCUUCAGCUCUUGUUUUUGAACAACAAUCUGCUGAGGUCUUUGCCAGGGAACAUUUUUUCUGGUCUGUCUCUCUAUAGGCUGAGCCUGCGGAGCAACCACUUCUCCUACUUGCCGGUGAGCGGGGUGCUGGACCAGCUGAAAUCCUUGCUGCAGAUCGACCUGCACGAGAACCCCUGGGACUGCACCUGCGACGUGGUGGGCAUGAAGCUGUGGCUGGAACAGCUCAACACCGGUGUCCUGGUGGACCAGGUUAUCUGCGAGUCCCCUAAGAAGUUUGCCCAGAGCGACAUGCGGGCCGUGCGGGCAGAGCUGCUGUGCCCCGACUACUCGGACAUCGUCGUCUCCACGCCCACGCCGUCCCCGGGCCAGCUGCCAGCCAGGACCACCCCCUCCUCCUCCACCGUGCGCCUCAAUGGCACGGCGGCGGCGGCGGGCGGCUCCGCGCCCGCGGGCGGCGCCGGCGGCGGCAGCUCCUCGGUACCGCUCUCGGUGCUGAUCCUCAGCCUGCUGCUCGUCUUCAUCAUGUCCGUCUUCGUGGCGGCGGGUCUCUUCGUCCUGGUGAUGAAGCGGCGCAAGAAGGGCCAGGGCGACCACGCCAGCGCCAACAACUCCGACGUGAGCUCCUUCAAUAUGCAGUACAGCGUCUACAGCGGCGGCGGCCACCACCACCACCCCCACCUCCAGCAGCACCCGCCCCACCGCGGCGGCGGCAGCGGCGGCGGCGGCGGGGGCGCGGCGCUGCCCAAGGUGAAGACCCCCGCCGGCCACGUCUACGAGUACAUCCCGCACCCCCUGGGCCACAUGUGCAAGAACCCCAUCUACCGCUCCCGGGAAGGCAACUCGGGCGAGGAUUACAAAGACCUUCACGAGCUCAAGGUCACCUACAGCAGCCACCCCCUGCCACCCGGGGGGGGCGCGCCGCCGCCCCCGCCGCCUCCGGCGCCCGGCGGGGAGGAUGCGCCGGCGCGCAGCCCCGCGUACAGCGUGAGCACCAUCGAGCCGCGGGAGGAGCUGCUCUCGCCGGUGCAAGACGCCGAUCGCUUUUACAGGGGCAUUUUGGAGCCCGACAAACACUCCCCCUCCACGCUGGGUACUCCCGGCUCCACCCUCCCCGACUACCCCAAGCUCCCCGCCGCCUACACGUACUCCCCUAACUAUGACCUUAGGCGUGCCCACCAGUACUUGCACCCGGGGCCGGGGGACGCCAGGCUCCGGGAGACGGUGCUCUACAGCCCCCCGAGUACUGUCUAUGUAGAGCCCAACAGGAACGAGUAUCUGGAGCUAAAAGCAAAACUAAACGCAGAGCCGGACUACCUCGAAGUGCUGGAAAAACAGACCACAUUCAGCCAGUUCUGAGAAACAGCCCCCCCCCGACCCCCGUCCCCUCGCCAGUCUCAGCAGCCCCUUCUCUAGAGUAUUUGUAUUUAACAACCACACGCAAAACAAAGAAACGUAAAUGCUGACCUCCCUACACACACACACCUCGCCCCCCUCCUCUUUUUCCCCAUUUAAUUCAUUUUAUUGUAGGGUGAAGUGCCUUGGCACAGGACUUUUCAGCUUCGGGGAAUGAUUCUGAAAGGGUGUGCUGUUCGCUUUGGUUUGGUUUUGGUUUGUUGUUUUUUUUCCUCUGUUACUGCAUUUGGAAGUCGGAAACCACCUAUUGUGUAAAAUGGGCACAACACUGGCAUUGUGCGGGUGUCCAUGUGCAUUUGGGGAAGGUGGCAGGAAGUUUCAUGGUUUCUUGUCAGGUCACAUCAGGUCGUGCUUUUUUUUUUUUUUU